AUGCCCGUUGAAGGUUAUAGGGUUAGGGUUAAACUAUCCAAGUUCUACAUAGUGCGUGGUCCGACGCGCCCCGGUCCGAUUUUCUCCGUCCCUGAUUGGCCGCCCGUGCGUGCUCCCGCUCCCGCCUCCGCGUGCCCGCAGUGGGGCCCGGUCACAGUCGAGCUCCCUCUUCCUCUUCCCUUCUCAUAUCUCAUGGCACAGAUGCUGGUGGUACAGCAGGCAGUUCAGAUGGCCGAGGAUGAGCAGGUGGAGCACCCUGCAGAUGCGCUGGAUGCCAUGCGUGAACGCUUCCUCCUCCCAGGAGUGGCUGCCCCCUUUGGCUGGGUGACCCGGCUGCGGACAUUCGGCAAGCGAGUGCAGAACACCACCACAAGUCUAGGAGGAAGCACGGGAGGUGGUAGUGCCACGCCUGGCACUGGCCCAGCUGGCGGACAGCCCUACAAACAAUCAUCGCGGCUGGAACUUCCUUCAAGCACCGCAGAACUGCAAGGCCCUUCCAACCACAGGGGAGCGAUGGCUGCUGGACCGAGUCCUCACAACAGACAGGCUCCGGGCAGAGUGGGUAGCUGUACGGCCAUCUGA